AUGACAUUUAACCUAGACGUUGAAGGAACUUUUCGCCCUAAAAUGUUAGCAGCUUCUAUCUGUUCCAUUUAAUGUAUGACUUUCCUCUCUCUACCCAAACACAACAUUAUGAUUAGCAGAAGGCUCAUGGUUUAUGUUAAGAAGAAAUAAGAUAGUCAAUCCCCACUGACCAUUUUGACAGGAAGGCCACGUCCGCAGCAGAUGAGAUGCUGGCCCCCUCCUCCCGUCUACUGCAGAAGAGACGGGAGGCCAUGGAGGUCAACAAUGCUAUGACGCUGCAAAGAGAGGAUUUUGAGUCAACUCUCAGAGCCCUGAGAAUCCGCAAGGAUGAGCUCAUAGAGAAGGAGGGCCAGAUGAAGGAAUAUCUGCAGAAAUUUGACAACUUUCUGAAGGAGAACGAGGUGAAACGAUGUCGAGCUGUUAGGAAGGCCGGCCGAGAGAGGGAACUGACCAAUCAGAAGCAGGUGGACCUGCUCACUCUCCAGGAGGAGACGAAGGCUCUCGUCAAAGAGAGGGACCGUCUGGAGAAACGAGUGCAGAAGAAUGCCAUAUACCCCCAUUACCUUGAUAAAGUGGUACAGGCCAGUGAACAGUUUCAGGAGGCCAGACAGGUGAUGUCUCGCUACGACACGUUGAUGCUGACCCGGGAGGACCUGGUGCGGACCACCCAGCAGAACCAGGACAGCACGGAGAACGCCCGGGCCCAGCUGGCCCGCUUCACAGAGCAGAGCAAUGACACCCUGCUGCACUACAACAACACUCUGGCCCAGCUACAGAGCCAGCUGGACAAGGCCCGCGCUGAGGGCAUGAUCUGGGAAUCGAGAUGGGCCCACAUUCAGAACACAGCUGCCAAGAAGACACUGCUGUUGGGCACAAUCAAGAUGGCCACUCUUAAUCUGUACCAGUGUGUGUGCAAGAGGGCGAAAGACACUGGGGAAUCGCCUAUUGCUCCAGAGGACACUAUUAAGCAGCUGGAGAAGAUCCAGACCUUCCUAGCCGAUCUGAUCUGCAUUUGGGAGGAGGUGAACAAGCCGGAUCAGCCAGGGCCAACCGGACACAGAUAGAUGAUCCGCAUCCAUCAACAGAGCUGUUUUGUAUGAAAGUUUAGAUUCUAUACUAUAUUGUCAUUGCCCUUUGCUUAUCAACAAAAAGCAUUAUUGCACUGAUCAGAUCAAAAAUAAAGAUAUUUUGAGA